AUGGUGGUUUGUGUGGGUCAAAAUCAUGCCAACCCCAACCAGCCGCCACUCUACCAACAAUCAAAUAUGAGAAACAAUCUAAGCAACAUGCAGACAACAAAUUUUCCGCCCACUAUACGAACUACAGGCAAAUCACAAUCGAUAUUGAUCAAUAGCAAUGGAGGUGUAGCAGGUGCUAGCAGUGCUGCAAGACAUCGUCAAAGUGAGAUAGAUAAAAGCCGUUCCUUUGAUUUUGACUAUUGCAAUUACAAUGCUCCCGGCAAUAAUAUCAAGAGUCAACAUAGUAAUAACUCCUUGAUAGGUAGUCAAAAUUUGUUGAAUCGUGAGGCUGCUUUAAGACUGGAAUUCGAUAAGAGCCGUUCAUUUGAUGAGGACUAUCGAGAAGCGGUGGUUACAAAUAAUAAUUUAAAUGCCAAUGCUAUGAGAUAUUUGCAGGCCAAUGAGAAUAGUGAUAGAAAUCAUGUGGCGCGCAUAAGACGCAACUCACCGGUGGAGGGAAAUGGACGAAAUACACGAAGUCCCCAGUCAUCGGGUUCGUCUUGUAAUAACUUAAGUGUGCCACGUUCCACCACCAGUCCACAAAAUUAUGGCACACGUUUGUGUGAUCAUGAAAUGACUUAUGAUUUAAUGCGCAAAUCUUUAGAUCGUUCACCUAUAAUGGAUUUUCGACGAGGCGAUAGUGUGAGUGGCGGGGAUUAUGAUAUACCCAUGUCUAUGUUAAGAAAUCGUGAAACCAUCAAUUCGGGCGGUAAUUCUGAAUUGAAUUUUAUGAACAGUGAUAAUAGGCAAUAUGAACAUAUGAGUUCGAAUUCUUUGAAACAACAAAGAUCACUAAGAAGAACUCACAGUCCCAAUGAGUCACAUUAUUCACUGGAACGAGCACACACUGCUGGCUCCAGAGAUGAUAUAACACCAAACGAACCAAAUGACUAUCGCAAUGAGUAUAAUGAGUUAUACCGUCGCACCAGAAUUUUAUUUUGUUUUAUUUUUAUAAUAUUUUGUUUUUAUAGUGAUUUAUUUAAAUCAAAAACAACAAAUUUUCCUCUAAAUAACACAACAUCAACAACAACAAACGCAAAACAGCAACAACAAUUGCUAAAAGAUUGCUCUAAACAAACCUGCUCCUAUUGGCCACAAUGUGGAGCCUGUCAAAAUCUACAACAACAACAACCCAACUAUGAAUAUUUGAAAUCUUUACCACUCAAACGACAAACUGCUCAAAAUUUCCAACAUAUUGAAGAGGAAAUGAAAACAAAAGGACUGACUUCCUCCUCCACCACCGGCAGCAGCAGCAACAGCAACAGCAGCUGCACAAACGAUGAUAUCAAUAAUGGAAAAUCUUUAACGCAACUCAAUGCCAAUAUAUCCACAGUUAAAAUAAAUAUUAAUACAAAUUCCACAACUCAACAAAACCAAACGGAAGAUUGUCCAACAACAACACUGACACGCCUACCUAAAUCUACCACUCAAUGGACAUUAUUAUGUAAAAAUGCCUUGGCCUCCAAUACAGCAACUAACACUUCAAUUGUAGAACCGAAUAUCAAUACUGCUGCAGCAUUUACCAAUACCGUUGUCAAUGUCAAAUCAUCUCCGUUGAUGACAACAAAAUUAACGGAAACAGGCAAGACAGUGACGGCCACAACAACAACAACAACAAACGCAACACAAAUACCAUUAUCAACAUCCACAACAUCAUUGGCUUUGUCGUUAACGUCAUCAACAUCUAACAACAAUAAAAUGACAACAUUUCAUCAACAGCCUCGAGUUAUACCCUUAGCUGCCACUUCUUUAGUAUUUUUGGGUGAUUUUGAAAUGCCCAUUACCCGUGAUCGUACUGAUUGUAAUGACAUUUAUGAGACAACACCAACAAAACCAAUAACAACAACAUCAUUAUCAACGGCAGUGGCAACAACAUCCUAUAAUAUUGAUAAUAAUUUCGCUAUUUAUGAGGCAAAAAUACAAGACAAUCUCAAGAGAAUAUGUGCCACUACAACCACAAAUGAAAAACAAACAAGAAAAUAUCAAACAAAUAAAUUUAAAGAGAAAAAUAACAACAACAAGCUGAUGAUGAGAAAAAUUAAAGAAAUUGAAGCAGAUGAUUGCAAUGGCAGUACAAGCAGUAGCAGCAGCAGUUGCAACGAAAGUAGCAUUACAAGUAGUUGUGGCAGUAGUAAUGAUAACAAUUGUUCUAAUACAACUACAACACCAACCACAACAGUUAAUCAGUCUGUGGUCUCGACUAGAAAACGUAAGAAUGUGAGAAUGAAAGCGGCUAAACUACAGCGUUAUAGCCGACGUCCUAGAAUGUCCUUGCCAAAUAUUUGGUUAAAUGUAGCAGUUGAGCAAGAGAAGCGGAAUGAAGAUGUCCCAAAAAGUAAACAACAAAGGUAAGUGGAUUAAUUGUAUUCUUAUUCUUUAUGGAAAUGAUGAACAAAUUUUUAUAAAUUUAGUAAACUAAGGGAAAAGGGAAAUUGUAGGAGAAUAUUCUAUAAAAAGGGACAUUUUUUUCUAUGAAAAAUAGCGAAAUUUUUGUACGAACAAAGGGACAUUUUCGAAAAUUUUCUAUGAAAAAAAAAUAAUUUUUUUAUGAAAAAAGAGUAAUUUUCCUUUAAAAAAAGGAAAUUUUUUAUGAAAAAAAGCUAAUUUUCUGAAAAUUUUCUAAG